GAAGGUGAGGCGGGAAGGCUGCGGCCGAGGGGAGCCGCCGACGGGCCUUUCCCACGUGCGCUGAGGCGCGGCAUCCCGGGGAGCGCCGGCCGCGGUGCAUUAUGGGCGGCUCUGAGGCGCCGGCAGGCAGAAACUCAACCGACGCUGACCGGCAAAGAGAUAGAAAUCGAUAUCGAACCGACGGACAAGUAAGGCCACACCUGGAAUCCUGCGUCCGGUUUUCAUCGCCACCUUACCAGAAAAAAGAUGUCGAGACAUUGGGAAAAAGUGCACAGAAGACGCUGACAGCAGAUCCAGCUGAAAACAAUUUAGAUUGGGUGGACCCUCGCUUCCGGAGAUCUGAGAGGCGACACCAGCAGAAGGACGGGUGGGGCAGACCUGGAUAAAUGCUGAGUCAUGGAGCCACACCCCACAGCCUAUAUAAAGGACCUGCUUUUGACAUUCCAACCUUGAGUCAAGCAAAGUCUUACCUGGUUUGCUGAUACCGGACCCUAUCGCUGAAGUCACAGCUUGGACUCCUGCCUGCCCUGAUAAACCUCGAAUGAAAUUGCCAAGCUGCAGAGGCUUCGUUGCCAAAUUUGUUACGGACUUCCUUGACUCAUUCGUCGGAGUGGGGGUGGGACACGACAAACAGUGUUUUUCAAACUUGGCAAUUUGAAGAUGGCUGACUGGCUAGCUGGGGAAUUCUGGGAGUUGAAGUCCACCCGUCUUAACGUUGCCACGGUUGACAACAAACAUUGGUCUAAAAUCAUCCCGUGUCGCUUGUCAAAGUCCCGUUCCCCUCCUCCCAACGGGUGGAAGUUAAGAGCUGUUCUCUGGGGAAAAUGACCUUACUCUCUUUUUUUUUCCC